UUAGAUAGAUACCGCUACGCACACAAACACAAAAUGUAACUCUUAUGAGCGCUACUGCUUUUGGUCCUAUACAUACACGUAUUCUUGGCUCGUUUUACGGGUGGAAGAGUAACUGUUAACCCGCAUUGAAAUUGCAUAUUUUGACACAAUAAAUUGUGCAUUAUUACUUAUCAAUAUGUUUAAUCGAAAUAGACUAUUGUAUAAUUUGUGCAAGUAUAAAGUAUCAAACAAUCGUGCAAUUAUCACUCAACAAAUUUUAACAGCAAACCACAAAAAUAAUAUAACUGGAAUUAAUCACAGUCCUGUCUCCGGUUACAGCCAUACCGUGGCUAGCAAACAUCAAUAUAAAGUAGUGGAAACUAUUGCUCCAGUUAAUAAAUUUGUUAAUCGAACGCAUACCUGUGGUGAAUUAACUAUAAAUAAUGUUGGAGAGAAGGUACAUCUGUGUGGUUGGCUGGAAUUUCAAAGGAUGGGGAAAUUUCUUGUUCUUCGUGAUGCAUAUGGAUCGAUACAAGUAAUUGUUUCGGAUGAUAAUAGUUUAGUACAAAAUAUUAACCAUUUGCCAUAUGAAACUGUAAUCAGUGUAACUGGUACAGUAGUGGCCAGACCUGUUGGUCAGGAAAAUAAAAAAAUGAAGACAGGAGAAAUAGAAAUUCAAUUAGAGGCUCUAGAGGUGUUAAAUAUUGCGACACCCCAACUUCCAUUUUCAAUUAGGGAAUAUAAUAAAGCUAAGGAGGCCCUUAGAAUGCAGUACCGAUAUUUGGCAUUACGUUUUCCAGAGAUGCAAAGAAAUUUGAGGCUCAGAUCAAAUGUUCUUAUGAAAAUGAGAGAGUAUCUCAUCAACAAUUGUGAUUUUGUCGAUGUUGAGACACCUACACUCUUUAAAAGUACACCUGGGGGUGCUAGAGAAUUCGUGGUACCCACCAGACACCCUGGCCAAUUUUACUCUCUGGUACAGAGCCCACAACAAUUCAAACAACUUCUUAUGAUUGGUGGGAUUGAUAGAUACUUUCAGAUUGCAAGAUGUUACAGAGAUGAAGGAUCUAGACACGACAGGCAACCAGAAUUCACACAGUUGGAUAUAGAAAUGUCUUUUAUUAACCGAGAGGGAUUAAUAGAAAUGAUAGAGGGCUUACUGCUCCAUUCCUGGCCACCUGAGUUAAGUUCUAUCAAAGUUCCCUUUGAUCAUAUAACAUAUAAUGAUGCUAUGGAAUUAUAUGGCUCUGAGCAACCUGAUCUAAGAAUCCCCUACAAUAUACAAAAUAUUACAGAGCUCAUUAAACAGUCUAGUACUUUAAUGGAUAAAACUGACUUUGAACAUAAUACCUUCGGUAGCUAUGCUGUAGUUAUACCAAAUAGUCAAGAUUGCUUAAUAAACUCGUUAAAAUCACAAUUCAAUGAUAUGGCAAAGAAACAAUUCCCUGGUGCUAAAUUAGUACAGGAGAAGGUGACUGGUGACUCUUGGAAUUCAAAGUUGAUAAAAUUAUUCUCUGAAGAUGUUACAAAGAACAUCGCUGAUAAACUUAAUGUAAAAGAGGGGGAUACACUCUUUAUUUCAUUUGGAGAAAAAGCUGAUGCACAACAAAUAGUAGGAAAAUUGCGUGUCGAGUAUACAAACGUAUUGGAGUCCAAAGGGAGAAAAAUAAGAUCCUCUGAUUAUCUAUUUCUUUGGGUCGUGGAUUUCCCUCUAUUUUCACCUGGAGAAACGAAAGAUACAUUAGCGUCAACUCACCAUCCAUUCACUCAGCCACAUCCGGACGACAUGGACCUCAUCUCCAGGGAUCCUCUGAAAGUUCGUGGACUCCAUUACGACUUGGUACUCAAUGGGUCCGAAAUAGGCGGUGGGUCCAUUCGAAUUCAUAAUCCAGCCUUACAGACAAAAAUAUUUGACAUGUUGGACAUCGACAAGUCCCAAAUGUAUCAUCUCCUAGAAGCUCUAGCCAGCGGUGCACCACCUCAUGGUGGUAUAGCACUAGGACUGGACCGUUUAACCUGUCUACUCUGUAAUGCACAAAGUAUAAGAGACGUUAUAGCAUUUCCAAAAACUAUGGAAGGUCGAGACUUAAUGUCAGGCGCUCCUGUACCAAUUUCGUCUGAGGAGAUGGAAGCGUAUCAUAUAAAAACCAUAAACGUAUGAAAGAUAAUCUUCUUCAGUUGGAGUAGAGCAGUCUUCUUUAAUUCGACGAAUUAUAUUAAACUUAUAUACAGAUUCGUGACGAUCACGAGUAACAGAUACAGAGUGUCCGUCGUGGUGGACUUUGUAGUCCCGUUGCAAAGUUCUGUUUCGCAAUAGCAAAUGAUUUCCUUAUCCGGUUUAUCGUUAUCCAGAAAGGGCAUCUUCUUGCAGCCUACGUCAACUUUGUAUCUUCCAUAAAUAUUUCCACAACGUCUUGUGAUAACUCUUUCCACGUACGGUAUUGCUUGCCAAUUAGAGUCCUUACCAUCCCAAUUUUUGGCCAGGAUUUCUUUGCCAGUGGCAUCGAUAUAACGGUAUUCAAUUACUGUUAAUUUGGAAUACCUUAUAUAGCUUCUUUUUCGAUCACUUUCUCUCUCUACUGUCUUAAUCAAACUUUUUGGUUAUUUUUUUUUAAAUAUAUAAAACUCACCGUCGUUAAUGAGCUUGACGCAACCCGUGGCGAUAAAUCUACAAUAGGUCGUCUUGACAGGAUUGAAUUCGCAAUUCUUGUCAUCGAUUGAAUUACAGGAGUAACAGCGGAAGCAGAAUCCUGUUAGGAAUAUUUUAUGCGCAUCGAAUUAUGGAUUUUGCUUUACGAAAUAUAAUUUUUGCGUGAACUCGCCUGAUUGUAAUAUAGUGACGAGUCCGAUAGUCGCGUAAAAAAUACCAAUUGACAUUCGGACAAAUCCUUAUCGGACGUGGCGGACAUUUUUAUUGCGAAUUGAACAUUUGUGUCGUUUGUAAUUUGUUAUAGCCAAUUGUUGAUGUGAUCGAUUAUGAAUGGAAGUUAUAUUAUAUAUGCGCAGAAAGAUAGACUGUACAAAAGAACCGUGAAAGAUAUAAUAUGUUAAGAUUUAUAAAAGAAUUAUUUUAUUCAAGGAAAUUUUUCUUACGGUGAUAUCAAUGGUUUACACUAAAGUAAAAAUAUACUAUCUUUUACGUGACACUUAAGUUGGUUAACAAUUUUAGUAGUGCAAUGAAAACCAAUCAGACGAAAAUAAACGACAAUCGGGACACCAAUGACUAUGUAUCGACGAUCCUCUUGUCGUAGUAAUUUAUACAGGGUUAUUCAGAAGUAUUGUACCACCUGAAGACGUGAUUAUACUACGGAAAUAAAAAAAGACCGACCAACUUCAGUCGGUGCAAUACUCCUGAAUAACAUAGUAUUUAAUUCAAUAUAAAUUACGUGAAAUCUUACGUAAAGUGUCAAUUAUCCAAUUCGAUCUUAGUUCAAAUUUCGGAUUUAAACAAAUAAAAGAAUUCCCAUACGAUGCGGGAUAACGGGACAAAACAUAAUUUGUCUAAAUUGUAGAAAAUAAUAAAAAAAGCCGCUGUUUCUUUAAUCCCUUAUA